AAUUGACAGAUAAAAUUGAGAACUAAUUUCUUCUUUUAAAACAAAAGAUUUGGAGCUAUAAAUACGGUUGUCACUGGGCUUCCGGCACUCAGUACUCGUCCAGAUCCCUUCCAGAAUGGAACGACUUACGCCAACGAUGCUUUCUCUCCUGGUGCUCGUGCUCCUCUUGGUUCCCUCGCAUGAGUCAGUCACGGAUUUCAUUAAAAACCUCUGGAACAUCGGCACCAGCAUCCUGAAUCCCAGCCUGCUGCCCACGACCCAAGAAAUCCUCGAUGGCAGCAUUCAGCUCAUCGCCGGCUAUCCCCUCGAGCUCAUGGCCUCCGCCGUGAAUCUUAUGUGUUCCCAGGCGCUGGCUUCCAACAAACUCCAGUCGAAAUUUACGCCGGACAUCAAUCAGAUGCACUUCCAGCUGCAAACGGCAUGCACAAACACCAGCUUUCCGCUCACAAGUCCGGAGGACAUGUGGAAGAGCCCUCUGUUCGAUCCCAAGAAGAAGGUGGUCAUCCUGGCCACCGGAUGGACCACCAACGUCAAUAAAUCGGAGACCAUAGAUGUGUUCUCAAAGGCCUUCAACUGUCGCGGCGAUGUCAACUUUGUGGCUGUAGAUGCAGCUCGAUUCGUGAACACCCUGUACACGUGGUCGGCCUUCAACACGGAGGAGAUCGGCGAGAACAUAGCCCUCGGGCUGGUGAAGCUGCUGGACUUGAUGCCCGUGGAGAACAUCCACCUGAUUGGCCACAGCCUGGGCGCCCACAUAGUGGGAUCCGCGGGGCGGCACCUGCAUCGCCUGACUGGUCAGCUGGUGCCCCGGAUCACCGGACUGGAUCCGGCCAAGCCGUGCUUCAACGAGGGUGAAGUGCUCUCGGGUCUCAUGCGCGGAGAUGGCCGCUUCGUCGACGUGAUCCAUAGCAACUCCGGGGUGAUGGGAAAGCGGGAUCCGCUGGGCGAUGUGGACUUCUAUCCGGGCGGAACCGGACCUCUGCCCGCGGGCUGUCUCUCGGCGUCCUGUGCCCACCAACGAUCCUGGGAAUAUUACGCGGAGACUGUGUAUCCCGGGAAUGAGGGUAACUUCAUGGCCACGCGCUGCACGUCGAUGUCCAAGCUCAGGGAAUUCCGCUGCUCCGGGAACGGGGUGCCCAUGGGCUACGACGUGCCGCAGAAUAUCAAGGGUAACUACUUCGCGGAGGUCAGGGCCUCUUCGCCCUUCGGAAUACACUCCUCCAGUGUAAGAUCCGCCCACUUGGAGCAGUGCGGCAAGUGCCCCGAUUCCUCAGCGGCCUCGGCCCCCUGAUUCUCCCCUUCUUUUAUUCCUUAAGCUAGUAUUAUGUAUUGUUUUUUUUUCUAACUUGUAGUUUUUUUAUGGCCAUGUAAAUCGCAUUCUAAGCGUUGACA